AUGCCGGAGGUCCCUGAAAACAUGCAAGACAACAUUGCCCAGAUGGAACACAGCACCUAUGAUGCUCGCCGCGCCCAGCCGCAGUCGCCCGCGCAGUUCGCCUCGCGAAAUCAAUUUCCAGAGCGUACGUCCUCCACGGUGCAUAGCCAGCCGCAGCAGGCGCAGACCCAUGACCAUGGAGCCUACGCGCAAUCGGCCACCUACGACAGUAUGGACCAUCCCAAUUUCUCCCCGUUCCCCGUGUUGCGGAAUCCUCCGCCGAACGUGCCCCCGACCGAUGAGCAGCGUGAAGCCAAUCUGGAACGCGCUCGAAUGGCGGUGCUCUCCACGACCGAUCCGGAGAUGCAAUUGGCAUGGGCUCAGGAUGCGCUGGCUUUUGUCGAAGUGGCGGCGCAGAAUGAGGCGCGCCUGUCUACCAUCCAACCGCCUCGACCCAAUACCCCUCAGAUCGAGCGGCAAUUACGAACCGACGCGAUGAAUAUCGUCAACUUCUUGGCGGGGCAGCAACAUCCGAAAGCUGAAUUCAUCAAGGGCAUGUGGCUCGAGUUUGGUAAAUUCGGCUAUCGCAUUGAUCGCAAGGAUGCGUUCCGAGCCUACACGCGCGCCGCGGAGAAGGGAUACGCGCGCGCCGAGUACCGGAUCGGUAUGCAAUUUGAGAGUUCGGGAGAGCCCGACAAGGCCAUUCGACACUACGAGCGUGGUGUGGCCAUGGCGGACUCGGCUUCUUAUUAUCGGCUGGGCAUGAUGAUUCUCCUCGGACAGCAUGGCCAACGCCAGGACUACCGAAAAGGCCUGGAGUAUAUUAGACUGGCUGCGCAAUCCUGCGACCAAAACGCGCCGCAGGGUGCCUACGUCUAUGGCAUGUUGCUGGCUGGAGAGCUGCCCCAAGUUAGUGUUCCCGAGUCCUUCCUGACUCGUGAUCCAAAUGUUGCCCGAGUCAACAUUGAGAAAGCCGCAUACCAUGGAUUCGCCAAGGCUCAGGUCAAGAUGGGUGCCGCAUACGAGCUUUGCCAGCUGCAAUGUGACUUCAACCCCGCGUUGUCCCUACACUAUAAUGCGCUCGCCGCACGACAGGGAGAACCCGAGGCGGAGAUGGCGAUCAGCAAAUGGUUCCUCUGCGGCCACGACGGGGUCUUUGAGAAGAAUGACGAGUUGGCCUUUGGGUACGCCCAACGUGCCGCACAGAGUGGUCUUCCAACUGCCGAGUUUGCCCUCGGCUACUUUUAUGAGGUUGGGAUCUUCGUCCCGGUGGAUCUGCGAGAGGCGCGGAGUUGGUAUGCCAAGGCCGCUGCCAGCGGUAACAAAGACGCUUCUGGGCGCAUUGACAGCAUUUCUCGAUCCAAAACUCUUUCGCGUAAGGAUCAUGAAAGACUUGCCGUGUCACGAAUCAAAUCGACACGAUAUGCGCAUCAGCGUGGACCAUCGCUGGAUUCGACUCCAGAGCAGAUCGAAAUGCCCGACCCUUCACGCAUGAGCCUGAAUGACCAGCCUAGUAGCUCGGCCGCUUAUGCCGGACGGGCUUCUUCUGCUCGGCCACGGCCCCCGGCCAGCCGAAUUACCCUAUGCCUGAUCCUCGGCCCAGCUCAGCUUUUGGAGUCAAUCCAAACCUGCGUCAAAAGACCGGACCGCCAGGACCUGGAUAUGGUGGUCCCCCUGGGCCACAUGGACCUCCUGGACCUGGGGGUCGUGGUGCUAUGUAUCCGCCCACUGGCCCCGGUGGUUCCCCUGGCGGUCCCGGUGGUCAUCCCAUGA